GGGUCGAGAAUGACCAGUCCGGCACCCGACCGGAUUAGGUCGUAGUUUGGCAAUAGACCUGACUUGGACCCGAACUUACCUCCGUAUAAAUAAAUAUCAGGUCCGAUCUUGAUGCGAGCCUAUCUUGAUAAAAUCUAGAACGGACCCAAACUUAGACCUCAACCCAGGUCGGAUCCAUUGCCCAUAUUGAACUCAGGUCGACCCCCAAUUGUUACCUGCGGUACAAAACCGGAGACGACUAUGUAUACUUUGUAAUCCCGCAGGAGCGCUUUAUACUCUCUCUCUCUCGACUGAAGUCACUCAACCCUCCUCCUAAAACCCUAGACACUCUGCCUGAAAACAAAACUCUAUACAGUCUUUAGUCGGUGCUCGACUAAACCAAAAAAACCCUAGAACUCCAUGACCAUGGCCGCCUGCUAUUGUUUUCACCAUCCCCCUUCUCUUUCUGCUUGAAUGGAGUUAAACCAUUACGUCUCUUGAUUUAUCUCUUCAGACUGGAUUUGCAUACCGCUCCUUUACAUUUCGCAGCAUUUUAAACAGAACAUGAAACAUUGAGUCACCAUUGAACCUGUGACUUUUGGGAAUUAUAAGCAAUCCAACCCAGGAUGAUUUUGAUUUCAAGAUUUCGGUCUCAAUUCUCAAAUCGGUUUUGCAGAAAUGCUGGUAAGUUCACUCCCAUGUCUUCGAAGUGGGUAAGGCCUUAUCAGGUCAUGCAUUAUAGCAGUGCUCCAUUAAAGGACGAGGAAGAUGAAGAAGAGGUGACAGUAGACCAGAGACAGCUCCCAGCUGAUUAUGAUCCAGAAAAUUUUGACCCCACCGAGCAUAGAGGUCCACCCACUGAUAGGGUUUUUAGGCUCGUUGAUGAAAUAUCUGGUCUCACAUUGCUUGAGGUUUCAAAGCUCUCUGAAAUCAUGAUGAAAAAGCUUGGAAUGAAAGAGAUGCCAGUUAUUGGCAUGAUGAAAGCUGGAAUGGGUCUUCCUGCUAUGCCUGGUAAGGGUUCAGGGAGUGCAGCCAAGGAGGAGGAGAAGAAGCCAGAAAAAACUGUUUUUGAAUUGAGGCUCCAGAGCUAUGAAGCUGCCUCGAAGAUCAAGGUCAUCAAAGAAGUUAGGUCAUUUACUGAUUUGGGCCUUAAAGAAGCUAAGGAUUUGGUAGAGAAAAUCCCUUCUGUUAUCAAAAGAGGGGUUUCCAAGGAAGAGGGCGAACAGAUUAUCGAGAAAUUGAAGGCUGUUGGUGCCAAAGUUGUCAUGGAAUAAAUUACAUGGAUAUUACAGGGAAAUCCAUAUCCAGCCUGAGAUGGCCCCCAGCUUUAAAUGCUAGGAUGAUUCUGUGGAUCCACAAGACAUGGAAGCAAUAGGAGUGAUCAUAAUUGGAAGCUGUUGGAGAAACUCAGGGUAAGAUAGUCCAGUCUCACAUGAUCCUGAUGGGCAGCCUCACGUAUGCAGAUUGAUAUGAGGGUGUGCAUAUCUUUAGAAGAGAAGCUUGCUAUUGCUUUUUGGCCGAAUUUGGAAAGCUAUCACAAGUAUGAUAUGCGGACCAUUCGAGAAUGUGAAAAGGUAUAUGGCAUUUUUAAAGCAUUUUACCAUCAGAAAGAGUAGAUAAGAAAUGUACGGGAGACAGGUGAGAGAAGAGACAAAGUAGAACUUGAAAGAGGAGGAAAGAUGAGCUGCAAAAACGAGUGAAGAAGACUACAAGACAUAAAGUGCGAAGAAGCGAUUGGAUACUAUACUGUAGAAGGGCGCCAAAGAUGAGUAAGUUCGAUAGCCUAAAUAAAGAAGAGGAUAACUCGGAGCACCAGAACAAUAAAAGUCAGCGAGCGUGGUGGAUUUGUUUGGCAUAGUGUAAGGCAGAGAGAGAGAGAGAGAGAGAGAGAGUCCACAUCAGAACUGUCUCUCAGUUGUGUUCAUGAUAUUUCGACCAACCUAUGGGUGUUAUUAGGAUCAAAUCAAAACUUGUUUGUUCGAUUGCUCUGGUACUUCUAGUCAUGGAGGCAGCUUUGAACGGCAUAGUGCACGAAAACUCAAGUUUCAUGGUUCAAAGCAUGGCCAUGAACCCGUUCUUUCCCGUUUGAAGAGGGUGGACAGGACAAUGGAGUUGGGAAUUCAAAGAAUCUUCUUCGGGAACAGAGGUGAAUCGAAUUGAGGAUUGUCGUGUAACGGACUUGGAACAAAGUCAGGAUCAUGGAGUUCAUGUUGAACAGAUUCCCAUAGCUGAUUGCAACCUGAUGAUUCCUAUAUCGGUUGGAAAGCAUUGAACUAUUUUUGUAUGGAAGGUGAGCCAGAAGAUAGAAUGUUAACUUUGUGAGUUUGAAAUGGAAAGGACGUUCUUUAAUUUGGUAGAAGCAAGUCCUAACAGAACAAAGGCAUAUGAAAGAUAAUAUUUGUUCAUGGGACAGGAUGAAAGGCACGUCCCUCCAAAAUUCCUCCCUACUGAUAACAAUGAGGUGCUAUUUCAUCUCCAUCAAGGUAUCGAAUACGUCCAUAUGUAGUUCUGCCCGCUCAUGACCUGGAAUGACCCGAGCGAGACUGAGAAAUAGUACAUUGGUUGUUAUUUAGCCGGCUUCGUCUUCCCGUUUGAGAUAAAGUUAAACUUUGAUUCUUUUUGGCGAGUGGGUGGCACUUACCAACUUGCCGUAAAGUUGAAAAACAACAAAAGAGAACCUCGACGAGAACAUUCGGUGACCAAGGAGCAUCAUGCGUGGAGGUCAACUUUAAUUGACCGACUGCUCGAGCAAAACCCUCAUCAAGAGUGCGACGGUAAAGGUUAUUGGAAUUUCUACUAGGCAGCAAGGAGAAGCCACUUUAGGCCAUAAAUAUGAAGUAAUCAUGCAGAUUUAAGCCUUGGUUAGGGUUUGCAAAUCUGGAAAGCUAAGGAAAAGGCAGUUAUAGCCAUUAGGAUCAGGACUGUGCCAUCCCUGGAAGAUCUUUAGUAGGCUGGCUUCUCUUUUGAGUUCAAAUUAGGCUUAGUAUUUUGAGUAUACCAUUCCAAUCCUUUCCUUUUAUAAUGAGGGAAAUUUGUCAUAAUGCACCUAUAAGAUCAACUAUUUAACAUUUUACUCAUAUGAUCUUAAGUUAAUUUCAAAAUUCCUAUAAAAUUUCACAUGAUUAUGAUUUGGAAUAGUAGAAAAAGGGUAAAUUGUUAAGUAGUUAAAA